AUGGAAUAUCAAACAGCUUCACAUGAUGAAUACGGAGAUAUUUUUAACGAUUCCGUUAACAUCAUUCUAAAUGAAAUUUUAACCGAAGAACCGGUUAACUCGGAAAAUCUAGCAGAAGAAAUGCGAAACGCUCAACAAAACCUUACAGAACAGGAUAUCGCAACAUAUACAAUGGAUCAAGACUAUAAACCACCUGUUGAACUUAACAGUACGAAUUGGAAACAAAAAACUAAAGCAUUCAAAGUAUAUGAAGAGCCUUUACUGGAUAUUAAAAACAAAGAUUUAUGUUCUGAAUGCAAAUAUCCUUACGAUGAAAAAGAUUUGAUUGACAACAUUUGCAAUGAAUGUUACAAAGAAAGUACGCUUCCAUGUGUUAUCUGCCAAAACGAAACACUCAGAAUCAAUCUCAAACAAAAUAUUUGCGAAAAAUGCUUUGAACCAGAAAUAAUGAUCAAUACAAUGAUCAAUAUUACACCAAAGUGUAAUCACUGUAAAAACGAAACACCUGCGAAUUUAUUACAGAAUGGAAAAUGUAAUAUGUGUAGAAGGAUCCAAGAAAAAGAUGAAAUCCAAGAAAUUUCACAAGACGAAUUUGAACCAAAAACGAAACAGAAAGAAGAAGAAUUUAACUUUGAAAAAAUUGAAAGAACUGAAAUUGAGCAAAUUAAAGAAAACGUUAUUAACCUACAAAUACUGGCGAAUGAACAAGCUGAACAUAUUCAAAUCCUAAAACAAGCAAUUGAAAUUCAUCAAUUAAUGUUUAAUGAACUUCACCAAGAAAAUAUUAACCUUAAACGAAAAUUUGAAGAAUUUGAAGAAAAAGACUAUCUUUCGAAACUUCGAAGUAUUACAUUAUUUGACCAACAGGUUCAACUAUUCAGAACAGCAAUGAUUGGAGAAUAUGGAACUCUCAAUGAAGAUUAUCCUAAUAAACGAUUUGACCCCAUUUUAAAAGAAUAUAUCCAUCAAACUAAACAGAAUAUUUACGAACAAAAGAAAAGGUAUAAACCAGAUGAAAAUGGUGAAUUAGAUUAA